UUUAUGCUACGCGUCUGAUCGGCGUGUUUUGAGUGGGCUGAAACCGAAGCAGCCGCUGUCCGGCACUUUUUAUAGAACGUCGAAUGAUUUUAAGCAUAUUUUUUUAGACUAGACAGAUCCUAAUGAGGUGAGCCUCGAAGAUGCUGACGUCUAAAACUUUCGUAAAGAAAACUAAGAAAGGGAACGUGCUCAAAGUUGUGAGAGAACACUACCUUCGGGAUGACAUUUGGUGUGGAUCGAAACUCUGUAAGAUAUGUAAACACGAGAAUCCCAAUCUCGAGUCCGUGCCCCAAAGUUCUAGCGACCUUUUUCCAUCGCCACACUACGUUGUGCCUGACACUAACGUAGUUUUGCAUCAGGUAGACGUAUUAAAAGACUCUGUUUUCAAGAACGUCAUAAUACUGCAGACAGUUCAGCAAGAGUUAAGACAUCGACAUGCACCCGGUUACAACGCCAUCCGCGAGAUUCUGGGGAACAAGGACCGACACUUCUUUGUUUUUACGAACGAGCACCACAAGGAGACAUACAUAGAACGUGAGGCCGGCGAGAGUGCCAAUGAUCGCAACGAUCGUGCUAUCCGCACGAGUGUCAGUUGGUAUUGCGAGCACUUGGCAAAUAGAGUGGAUGUUGUGCUCCUCACCAAUGACGAAGAGAAUCGUAGCAAGGCGCAGGCACAGGGCCUCAAAGCAUGCACAUUUGCGGAAUACGUUCGCAGCCUCAAGGACCAUCCAGGUCUACUGGACAAGCUUGCAAAACUGGAACUUGAUGAAGCAGCUAAAAAGGCUGAUCGCCGCUGCAUCUAUCCCGAGCACUUGCCUCAGGCAGAACUGCACCUUGGCAUCAAGAGCGGCCGCUUUGAACAGGGAAAGUUUCAGGCUAGCCGAGACAACUACUUGGAAGGAAAUGUUGUCUUGGGUGAUGAUGAAGAAUCUCGUAGUGUACUGAUCCAGGGUAGAAGCAACUUGAACCGAGCUGUUCAUGAGGACUUGGUUGUGGUGGAGAUUUUUCCUGAAGACCAGUGGUCACUACCAUCCGGACUUGUACUUGUGGAUGAAACACAAGAUGAAGAAGAUAAAGCAGAGGAAGAAGAAUCGGUGAAGCUAAAUCCGGGCCCUGCCAAAUCCAAAUGCGUUCCAAGUGGUCGUAUAGUGGGUAUCUUGAGGCGAAAGUGGCGACCUUACUGUGGGAUUCUUGCACCAUCUACAAUCAAAGAGGCCACCCGACAUUUAUUUGUGCCGGCUGAACGGAGAAUCCCCAAGAUACGCAUUGAGACACGGCAAGCAGAGACCCUGUGCCGGCAACGCAUUGUGGUCUCCAUAGACAGUUGGCCGAGAGACUCUCGGUACCCACUGGGCCAUUUGGUGCGUGCUCUUGGUGAAAUUGGAGACAGGGCCACUGAGAAUCAAGUCCUUCUGUUGGAGCACGACAUUCCACACCAAUGCUUUUCACGAGCUGUGUUGGACUGCCUUCCUUCGACACCUUGGACUAUUGGACCUAAGGAGGAGCAAGGACGCAAGGACCUUCGUCACCUAUGCAUCUGCAGCGUGGACCCUCCAGGCUGCACAGAUAUUGAUGACGCCUUGCACUGCAGGGAGCUGCCCAGUGGGAACUAUGAAGUUGGCGUCCACAUUGCUGAUGUCUCUCAUUUCGUGCGACCUAAGACAGCCUUGGACCAGGAAGCAGCCAACAGGGGUACGACUGUAUACUUGGUGGACCAGAGGAUAGACAUGGUCCCAGAAUUGUUGAGCUCAGACCUGUGUUCCUUGCGAGGAGGAGAGGAGAGGCUGGCCUUUUCUGUAGUCUGGGAGGUGACACCAGAAGCCGAAGUUGUCAACACAGACUUCCACAAGUCCAUCAUAAAGUCCAGGGCUGCACUCACGUAUGCCGAGGCCCAAGCACGUAUUGACGACAAAGCCAAAGGAGACGACUUGACUUUAGGGUUGCGGGGUCUGAAUAAACUUGCCAAACUUCUCAAGGCAAGACGGAUUGCAAAUGGUGCACUUACUCUUGCCUCGACAGAGGUCAGGUUUCAUGUGGAUUCUGAGACUCACGAUCCCAUUGACGUCCAGACGAAACAGGUUUUGGAGACAAACUCAAUGGUGGAGGAGUUCAUGUUGCUGGCCAAUAGCUCUGUGGCCAAGCACAUCUUCCAGGAGUUCCCAGAGUGUGCGUUACUCAGACGGCAUCCGUCACCCGCACCGGCGAACCUGGAGCCUCUUGUAAAGGCCGGCUUGUCCAAGGGCUUUGAUCUGAAAGUGGACAGUGGGCUUCACCUGGCAGAGUCGUUAGACAAGGCCGUCCUGCCAGACAGUCCCUACUUCAACGUGAUGCUGCGCAUGGUGGCGACGCGAUGCAUGGCACGGGCGCUCUAUUUCUCCAGCGGCUGCGUGGCCCUGGAGGACUUCUUCCACUAUGGCCUGGCCUUGCCUUACUACACCCACUUCACGUCGCCCAUUCGGAGGUAUGCCGACCUAAUGGUACAUCGACUGCUUGCUGUUUGUGUUGGGGCAGAAGGAACUUAUCCAGAACUCGUCCACAAAGACAAGUGUCAGGAGCUGUGCAAUAACCUCAACUAUCGCCACAAUAUGGCACAGUAUGCUGGCCGAGCGUCAGUGGCCCUUUACACCCAGGCGUUCUUCCAAGACAAAGUGGUUGAUGAGGAAGGAUACGUGUUGUUUGUCCGUGAGAAUGCUGUGCAGGUUUUGAUGCCUCGUUUUGGUCUGGAAACCACUUUGUUUCUCAAAGAAGAGGGCUGGAAAUAUGAUGAAGAGGCAUGUACACAGUCGUUUGGGGACAUCACAUUACAUCAGUUCGAUCGGCUGGUUGUUCAAGUCUCAGUGGACAGCCGUAAUAUCCAACACCAGAAGGUGGUCAUCAAGAUUGUGGAACCUAAGAUCCCGGGAGUGAGCGUCGAGCCUGCGGCGAGCAGCGAGGGUUCGGCCAAAAGCGCCGACGAUCCGCCACGCAAGAAGUCCAAGGUUUGCGUCGCCUGAUGUCAAUAAAAAGAAAUAGUGUUUGUCCUUUUU